GAACGAUAAUAGAUCAAGUGGUUGCUCCGAGUGUCGGGAGAAAACGCCCAUCGUAAAGAUGGGUCCAAUUCCAUGGUUGAUUAGAAACGGGAUUCUCUAACCUGACUAAUACGAGACUUUAUGACAUUUUUGGGUUUGGGAGUGAAACCUCAGUCAGGAGGGUAGAAUGUUAUCUUUCUGGUUUCUUUAUGGGUAGAUUUGGGUGUUUAUGCCAUUUUGUUCUAUGUUAUAACCAAUUGCUUUGGGAAAUAAAUAAUAUAUUUUCUAUAUUUAUGCUGUCUUAAUAAGCCUCAUGACAUGUUACAUACAGACAGGGCACCGUUGGCAACAGGUAAGAGUUCCCAGUUUGUGUAGUUUAGGGAAUAAGGAGGGGUGAAACAGUGGUAGCAGCGGUAAAGGCUUUUUUAUAUAUUUUUUAUAAGCUGUAGGUAUGCUCCGAAGGGACGGGUGACCAGUUAGAAAUAGGGGCUCUCUUCCUUUUUUUUGGGUAGGAAAAGGGGUUAUUAAUCAUGUCACAGGCAACUCAGGGUCCUUUCUGCUGAUUCGACAGAGAGAAGCUGUCCCUUAGACUUCCUCUCCCAUGCCAAGUCAGUUUCGAUUUCUUGAGGUUACGGAAUAAAGGUGUUUUAAAAAAACGUGAGGAGGAAAAGUUUAGUUUUCGACAUAUUAAAGUGUUUCGCAGUUCGCACAUAUUCGCGGUGUGUAUAUGAAUUCGGUUCACGGUCAUAUGAAGACGUAAGUGUAUUUUCGAGUUUUUUUUUCUUUCUUAUUUUUUUUCUUUUUAUAUUUUGUGUAUUUUUUUACCCUUUUGUUCUUGUUCAUGUUCCUUGUAUUUGUGUGUGGCGAACUUACCUGAGUGGAAUUUUUGCUGCGAGUCACGCCAGAGAGAGAGAGAGAGAGAGAGAGAGAGAGAGAGAGAGAGAGAGAGAGAGAGAGAAGGAACUGGGGACGAGGCAAUUGCCGAGGCGAAUUGGUUGGCAAACGUCUUGCAUUCUUUUUCCUUUCCUAUCCCCUCCUUAUUAUUUUUUUUUAUUGUCAUUUUCGUGGGGUUGAUUUUGUGAUUGGGGACGGGACGCGCUUACCUUAUGUUAUCCAUUAUUGGGGGAAAAUUUGUGUUAUUUUUCUUGAUUGGGUUUAGUGUAUAUAAAUACAUUGAUGUUAUUGAGAUCAGGGAAGCAUAUUAAAAAAAAACAGCCUUGGGAAACAGGAUAAAAUGGCGGAUGCUAAACCUACGACAUCACGUGACAAACAUUAGUGCUGGGGUCAGCCCAUUCAAAGUGAUUGUAGAUGGCAUACUGUCGCAGCCUAUAAAUAUCUUCAUAGAAGGAGUUAAUAACUAUUUGGCGGGAAAGAAUAUAGUAGACGAUGUAGAGGCAUUUAGAGAGGCGAAAGCUUUGCUAGAUUUCAAUAAGGGAGAUCUCAGUCAUAGGUCAAGGAGUUUCCAAUUUACAAAAUGUCUCACCUGGACAGACUUGCAAGCAUUUUUGAAAACAGCAUAUGGCUCAAAGGAACACGGCAGAUUGGGUAGGAAAAUUGAAAACAUCUAAAUGGGUAACAGGGGAUAAUCUCCCUCUAAAUAAUGUUCAUAAACUGAUCUAUUUUUCCCUGCUCUUACACGAGGUACCUGAUGCAAUAGUGAAUAGCUUUGAUGAAAAGGUUGAGCCUACCUCAGACGAAGAAUUACUUUAUACCCAAAUAGAUAAACACAGGUCUAAAUGUCCCACCGUAGAUAGCACAAUUUUUAACGGGACAGGCCCGAGGGAUAGAGUACAGAGAGACACGGAACUUUCUCCUCAUCGUCUGUGCGCAAAAGUUGAGUAUAACAAAAGAUCGAUCGAUCAAAAGCAACAGCAGUUGUGUUUUUCAACUGCAAUAAACCAGGACAUCCAAAGAAAUUGUGUAGGGUUAAAUAUUGUGGAAUGUGUAAAAGUACUGAUCAUUAUUGGCAGUCUUGUCCGUCUCGGAUACGGAGAGAUGCGAGGCCUACACCUCAAGGUUCUGGUAAUUAUAAUGUGAGAACUUCCCAGGCAGGUCAAAUCAGAGGGCAAAGGGAUCGGCGAAAUUUUUGGAAGCCCGAUCAACAAAAAGGGUGCAGGUGAUUGGUAAAUGCCAUUGUAGUCUCGUGGGGGACGCCCCAGAGCCCAAGCCUAUAGUCUAUGGAACAGUAGGGGAUGUGGAUAUCCCGGUUUUUUUAGACACAGGGGCAUCAAUAAAUCUAAUGGACUAUAAUUUGUAUCAAUCCAUGUUCUCCAAUUACCCUUUGCAGACUUCAACGGAGACGGUGUGUGAUGUGCAAGCCCAUAGAUUAAACACCCUGGGUUGUGUUCAAAUACAGUUUACUCUCGGUGGCAGAGUGUUAACAGAACCUUUUUUGGUAAUAAAAGGAAUUGCGUUAGGUAAUAAAAUCUUCUUGGGUCAUCCUGCGUGUAGAAGACACAAGAUUUCAAUCCAUGCGGGUGCUAAUGGAAUAACAGUCGGAAAGAUGGGUUAUUUCAUACCAUAUGAGGACGUGAAUAGAAUGGAAGACAUGGAGGUUAUUGAAAGAGGAGAGGUUCUCGGUGGUAUUAAUGGCGGUGAUACGAGUGUUAUGGAGAAAGGUAAUGUUAAAACACACGUUGGUGAUAUGGGAGAUGAUUACGGGGGUUCUAUCAGAGUUCACAGUGGUAACAAUGAUAACAAUGGUGGUGAUGAUACUAAUAUGGAUGUUAUUUCUGAUACUAACAAUGCUGGGGAUGAUACUGAGGGUGAUAAUUUGUAUGGGGCGGUGGCAAGGGGAGAUACUAACCACAAAUAUAGAGGUGUUUUAUUUGAAGAUAUUAUGUUACUACCAGGUUCAAAGAUUAUGGUAAAAGUUAAAUUGAAGGAAAUGAGAAAACCCAUAGAUGUGUGUGUUAUUGAAAACAGCGAAAAGCUCAGAGUUGUUGUUAGCACGGCAUCGGUGAACAGUGUAUCCAAGGAUGGGGUUACGUGGGUGGCGUUGUUAAACUGUAAUGAUACAGCUAGGAGAUACCAGAAAAACACAUAUAUAUUGGAUUUCCAAAAUUGGAAUUGUGAUAGUGGUUCUGUGGCUAUCGUAGAGGGAAAACCUGAGUUUUCGGAGGCAGAAAUAAAAUCAAGGAAACGAACAUUCAGAGAACAUUUAGCUAAUGCAGAUUAUAGUGAACACGUUGAAGCGAUAAGCGGGCUCUUGGCAGAAUUUGGGGAUAUGGUAGCCUUGCAAGGUGAUAAAUUGGGGUUGACUAAUGUGUUAAGAGUAACACAAAAUCUAUUUAUAUUCCUGCAUAUCGCAUACCUUUCAAAAUCAGAGAACAGGUAGAGAAAGAGGUUAAUAGAUGGGAAGAAGGAGGAAUCAGUAGACCCAGCGUGUCUCCUUACAACUUUCCCUUGUUAGUGGUACCUAAGAAAGACGGUUCGGUCCGUGUAUGCGUCGAUUUUAGACGUUUAAAUGAGAAAACGAUCCCUGACCGCUACCCAGUUGCGUGCAUACCAGAUCUUUUUGUUGAAAUUGGGGGACAUAAUAUUUAUAGCUCAACUGAUUUGGCGCAAGGUUUCUUACAGGUCCCUCUCAGCGAGAGUAGCAAGGAAUAUACCGCCUUUUCAGUGCCCAAGGGACACUAUGAAUUUACGUGAAUGCCUUUCGGUUUAUCGGGCAGUCCGAUGACUUUUACCAGGUUGGUGAACACAGUUUUGCACGGGUUAUUGGGCAAAAAUGUUUUUGUGUAUAUGGAUGACAUCCUGAUCACAACGGACAUGAUCGCGCAACACUUGGAAGUGCUUACAGAAGUACUUAGGAGGCUUAGAUUAGCGGGGUUGAAAAUCAAGCUAGCCAAGUGCUCGUUCUUGAAAAAGCAGAUCACAUAUCUAGGUCACGUCAUAUCUAAGGAAGGGGUUAGAGUAAACGACGAUAAAGUCAAAGCAAUAGCAAAUUUUUGCACCCCCAGAUCAAAGAAAGAGAUUAAGUCAUUCCUGGGUAUUGCCGGUUUCUUUAGGAGGUUUGUAAAAGGGUUUUCUAACAUAGCAGCUCCCCUAACUGAUGUGUUGCGGGAAGACGUUCAAUUUCAAUGGAAUGAACCCCAGGCGGAGAGUUUUCUAAAGCUCAAAUACGCGCUAAUGAAUCCCCCGGUUUUGAAGUUUCCAGAUUUUAAGGAACCUUUUACAUUAGUGACUGAUGCAAGCCAGGAAGGUAUAGGUGCUUGCCUUAUGCAAAAGUUUGAUGGGAAAUUUCAUCCUAUAGCUUUUUAUAGCAGGAAGUUCAGGACAAAACAAAAGGCAGCAACGAGAAGUCCAUGGCCACCAUAGAUAAGGAAGCCUUUGCAAUAGUGUUGAGCUUAGUUCAUUUUAAAAUGUUACUGAUGGGGAAUAAAGUAGAAGUU